AAAAUCCAGUGGGUUAGGGUUUUGGGCUGCUUCUCAUAUAAGAAGAUUAGUUAAAGCCGCCAUCGUUCAGCAGCUCCAGCCUUUGUUUCCCGCAUCUCCUUCUUCAGGUACUUGGUUAUUUCAUAGUAUUUCUCAAGUGCUUAAAAGACUUGGUCAAUAUGCAGAAUGAAGAAGGGCAGAACAUGGAUCUUUAUAUCCCACGGAAAUGCUCGGCCACUAACAGGCUGAUCACUUCCAAGGAUCAUGCAUCCGUCCAGAUCAAUGUUGGUCAUUUGGAUGAGAGUGGCAGAUACACUGGCCAAUUCUCAACUUUUGCUCUUUGUGGUUUCAUUCGCGCCCAGGGUGAUGCCGACAGUGCGCUUGAUAGGCUGUGGCAGAAAAAGAAAGUUGAAGCCCAACAACAGUAAACGGGAGUUGUAAUGGCAAGAUUGUUUUUUUGAAGUUUCUUUAAAAUAGUCUGAGAAUUAUCAGUAUUACCUAAUACAUUUGAAGAUGUGCAGUUGAAGUUUCACGACACAUCUAUCUUUAAUCUAUAUUGUUUUACUUAA